CUCUGCAAUCUUCCUCCUCCUUUUCCUUCUCUUGGUCUCACUCCAUCUUCCCAUUCGACCGCCUGCUGCUCAUGCAGACCUGUCUCUGAUACCGCAUCCAGCUCCCUGAAAUGCCGACCUACGAGUCGUCCUACCCGCCCAACCUAUACCACGCCUCGCGGCCUCACAGUAGCCGAAAAUCGGGCCUGCGGCUGCUCGCAAACGGUCGUCUGGGCGUCAGUCUGCGGCGGUUUCUGACCGCGUCCAACUUGCUCUGUCUGCUGUGGGGAUACUUCUUGUACUGGGGCGAGCGGAGGGUGAUUAAAGACGCGGUUAGAAGCUGCGAUUGGGCGAGUUGGGAGGAUUGGCCUGCCGGUGCUGCGCCCGAGCGUGUUGUGCUGGUUGCUGAUCCUCAGCUGGUGGACGCGCACACAUACCCCGGCCGCAACCUGCUCUUCCAGUCGCUGACCGAGUUCUACGUCGACACAUACAUGCAUCGCGCCUGGGAGUCAAUCGAGAGCUAUCUCGACUCGGACGCGACGAUCUUCCUCGGCGACCUGUUUGACGGCGGACGAGAGUGGGAGCACGAUGAGUGGGUGCGCGAGUACAAGCGGUUCGACCGCGUGUUUCCGAGCCGGAUAGGCAAGCUCACCGUGCGCGAGGUCGCGGGAAACCAUGAUAUCGGGUUUGGAGAUACAAUCAGCUCCGAGGCGCUCAAUCGGUUUCGGGCGUACUUUGGCGAUCCGAACCGGGUGCUCGAGAUUGGGAACCACUCGUUUGUUGUGCUCGACACAAACUCGAUGACGAACCACAAAGACGAGCAGAUUUAUAAACCGGCGCGGACGUUCUUCGAAAGCGUGGCUGAGGAUAUCCAAAACACGACGAGCGCGACGCUGCCGCGGAUAUUGCUGACGCAUAUCCCGUUAUAUAGAGACAAGGACGCGUCCUGCGGUCCUAAGCGUGAGGGCUCGCCGUCGCUGCCAAUCUCAAGAGGGUAUCAGUAUCAGACCGUUGUCGAUCCAGAGCUGUCUGAAGAGAUCUUGGACAGGCUGAUGCCGAUCGCUGUGUUUUCAGGAGACGACCACGACGCUUGCGAGGUGGAGCACGUGUACGCAAAGGGCGCGCGCAAGGCGGUCGAGUAUACAGUAAAGUCUUUAUCGAUCGCGAUGGGCGUCUCGUACCCUGCAUUCGAGAUGGUGUCGCUGUACAACCCGUCCGCAGAAGACUCUGCCGAGCAAACAACGUUCCAGACUAAACUGUGCAUGCUACCCUCGCAGUUCAACAUCUUCAAGACAUACUUCAAAGUCCUUCUCUUCACCCUCGCGGUCGCGGCGCACGCGGCAUCACGGGCCUGCACAGAAGCUACAAAGCAGGGGAAAACCGCCGGCGUCGACUUUCUAUCCGGCGGAGCGGGCUACGUCGACAAAAAGGACAAGUCGUUCAGGCUAUACCCCGCGCCGGUGAUGAUGGCGUUUGCGCGGUACCGAGCGUUCAAACGCAGCAAGACCUUUGCGCGGUUCUGUGGGCGGCCGGGCACGUUUAAGCGGGAGUUUCUAAAUCGGAUUGCGUAUGUUAUGUGCAUCGUCGGAGCGAUGUAUCUGUAUCUUGUCCUGCGGUGGAAGUGAGUCUGUGUAUUAUUGUUUGAAGUAUUACUUGUAGUAUAUAACAGUUAUUCGAGAGCAAUGUAAAUGCUACGGAGUUCAGGAUCAGAGAAGUCCAGGAAGGCAGUCGGGUUGGGGUUUUUUCCAUCAAAAGAAGGGACAAACCACCGCUAAACUCUAUUGCGCCUCGCGGU